CUCUCCUCUAUAAAGACACCAGCGUUCGUAAUCUAGUAAUCCAGAAUUAGCUAAUAAUCUUUCAUCGUAAAACGUCGCCUCGAUUACGCUCUGACGCAAAUUGCGAAAUGAUAAAGUGUUUACAAAUAUUGGUCUGUCUCUUUUUAAUUACUUCUUCGCCCAGGUUUUUUUUUAAUGUGGCGAUUCAUGCUCGAAGUUCAAAUUUACUCAAUCUAGAUUUUGAAAGCGAUCGAGAGCAAAGCGAGUUGCAGUAAUUAAAAUGACAAUUUAUUAUUGUAAACAAAUGGUAGAUAUCUUAUCAAUGAUUUUUGUUAUUUGUCAUCGAAAAAAGGCUUCGUGAAACGCCCCCACUGGUCAUUUAAUAAGGAGAUGAAGUGACAGAAAAGCGAUCAAAUUAGCCGAGGGUGGCUUUUCGAGAGGAUCCUCUGCGGACGUAAUCACAUUUAUUCGUUUCAUCCGAGUAAUUUAUUAAACAAGUUAAGACAUCCUUACGAUUGGAAGACAGGAGUGAAACGUCAUCAUGGUCACACUCGAGCUCAUGUCUGCAACGGCUGAUUGAUAUCCGACUAGCCUGACGCUUGGCGCUUCGUUGUACUUGCCACACGGGCACCCGAACACAGGCUGAAGAAACAAUCUUCCUCGAAGAGCCAUGAAUCGUUUAAUUUUGGGUCGGCAUGAAAUCGGUUUUGGCUGUGUGACUGAAAUAUGGCGGCCAGCACUUCAUUUAUAUAUGAUGUCAGUCUAAGGAGAAUUACACUAGACGAACAUUAACCAGAACUAAAAAAUUACCUUAUCACAAAUGGCAAACUAUUAUGUCGGUUUGGACUCGGUUUGAUGGGCGACUGAUCAUGUACGGGGUACAUUUGGGCAAUCAGAACUCGUUGAUACGAAUUAUUUAACGAAGGCUACAGUUUGGAGCCUCCCUUGAUGGCCCACCUUGUGAAUAGGUUUAUGUUGGCGGUUGCUGUGCGCUGAUAUUAUGUUAUUAUUCUUAACUAGGAAUAGACCAACGAUUUAAUUUCCAUUUACGAGUGAAUCAUUGGAAAUUAUUUAACUACUUACUGAACCUGAUACAUGAUCCUCGAUACUUUCGACAUUCAAGCUUUGCAAAUUAAAAAAAAGUGGUAUCUUUUGCCGGGGACAUUUCUAAUUCUUCACUAAUUCUUCAGCCUAAGGAAUGCAUCACAUUUGAACAUCAUCGUGACGCAGCUCAUAUAAUUUGAUUUGGAUAGAGAACUGCACAUCUUCACCAAGCGUUCACAUCAGAUCCACUCUGUACAAGAAAAUAAGUUCAGUGUGUUCUCAAAGGCCUCUGCAUGGACGCGGCUGCUGGUAUUGUCCAAACUCUCUCUAGCAUCGUUAUAUUAUGUUGAUCAAGGAUACACGCAAGUACCUCAACACUCCAAUAACUGUAUCUCAACACCACGUAAUACCUCCACCCUUUACGAGAUAUCCUUAAAACCUGAUAAAAGAAUUCCUGAGGUAAUGUAAACCCAAUUAUAUACACAGAAGUGUACCUCUUUACAAUUUACCCCACUAUCUACGAGGGUCCAGUUCCUUCUGAACGUUCACAGGACGUUGCUGUAGACUCUGGAAUUGUCACAUGCCCAGACCCCAUACCCUACAAUGAUGGAUCAUUACAAUCUUACCACAGAUAUACCUGAAGUACAACAGGAUAUAUCCUAUGUUCGCUAUGUGUUGGUCAGUGUCUUUUUUCUGCCGUGUGCCAUUGUCAUUUUUGUCGAAAACACCUUUGUCCUGUUGGCGUACAAGAGGGACAAACGGAUCCGGAGAAAUACAACCAACGCCUAUAUUCUCAACCUUGCUGUGUCCGACCUUCUUGUGAGUGUUGUCAUGGCAAUUUAUGUUCCAGUAUAUCUUACAGGCACUUGGAAGUUUGGCGGGGCGUCUUGUGUCGUAUUAUGGGUACUGGACUACACAGCGACGGACAUGUCUGUAAUGACGAUCAUCGUCAUCAGCGUCGACAGAUACCUUAUGGUACACAAUUCCCUACGACAUCGAUCGAGACAAUCACACAAGAAGGUAGCCAUCAUUUGCAGUAUCCUCUGGAUAACCUGUCUAGCUGCCCAUUCGACUCUAGCCUUCACCUACUCCUCAAUGACAGGAUUCAUGCAUGAUGAGAACAGAAUUGCCGGGUGUGAGCUUGGGUAUGGACAUAGUCCGGUCGUCCUUGUUUUGAUGUUCUUGGUGGAGUUCCUGGUUCCUGCUAUAUGCGUCUUCGCCCUGAAUCUCACAGUGUAUUUUCGUUUGAAGAGACGAUCCAACAUGCUCCAAACCAGGCAAAGUCGAUCCCACCUGUCAACUGCAGUUCCUCUUAAUGAUAGAGCAUCCCAGACAACUUCCUGGGAAAACGAUGGCAUGCGGAUUCAUGGAAGCGCAUCAGGUUCUCAACACCAAAAAGCGGCAAGGUUUUUGGCAUUGCUUCUGAUUGUCUUCAUAUUUUGCUGGUUGCCCUUCUAUAUCAACGAAUGCUAUGCAUUUUUAUAUUGCUCUGGCGUCCAUAACGAAGCGCUUACCGACCUAGUGUCAUACAUUAUGUGGAUAAAUUCCGCAAUAAAUCCAUUCUUGUACGCUUUCACCAACGUCUUCUUCAAGGAGAAUUUUAAGCAGUUUUUGAAAUGCAAGUGAAGACAAACGAGUUUGACGAAAGUAGACUCUCUUUUCAGUUCAAAUCACAAACAAAGAUGCAGAGAGCAUUCGUUUCUCUAUGGUAAAAGUAUAAACAUACAUUUUACAAUAUUGUAUUCAGCUUUGUUUUCAUAACCUUUGUUUAUAAUGUUAUUUAUGUCUUCAAUAUUUGUACUUAUUCUAGUGUGUAAAUAUUUUGUAUGCAUUGUUUUUAUUGUGCAGGGCCCACAUGGAUAGCACUUUAUAAACUGAGAAGGAAAACCUGCCUAAUAACAACUGCACAACCCCAAUCAGUUAUACCGGAAGGAGAGACCCGUGGGUCAUAUUGAUUCAGGUUGCUUUUCCCCUUCCAGGCACAAGUGAAGCCAAAUACUUAAUAACAAUUAAUAAUUAUUCCAAAGAUCG